AUGAAUGCAACGACCCUCGCAGAAUGUGGUACGUUCAUAUCAUUAAACGAUCAGUCGCUCGCUGGAGAGUUCGGCUUGAGCGUCGCCUUAUUGAUGGUAUUUGUUAUCAUUCCUCUUUUCUACUUUUGGAUUUUGGAUCCGUUUCUGAUGAAGCCAUUACUCUCAAAAGGCGCACUUCUCGGUUCGAGAGAUGUGACUGAAGAAGGUCGUACAACUAUAGAACAUCCUGAAUUUGAGCCCGAUGAGGCAAAAGACCGGAACGAUAUCCGAUUCGAUCCAGUUCUCUAUUUACUGAGUGCGGAUGGUGAACCACAUCAUUUGGCUGCUGAGAAAGGCUUAAUGCCAACGACGAAAGUGAACAAAGCUGGUGAUAUUCAAGAAAAAGAGGAGACAACACAACCAGAAUGUUCAUCUUCAACGAGAACAGCUCGUCUAAAAACAUGA